GUGAUGGAGCACUUGACAACCCCACCACUAAAAACGCAUCAAUUGAUACCUACUAAGACUUCAAUGUACAAAUAAUCACCUACCCACCAGUUGACCUACCUACUGUAGGUAGUUAUCUCACAUGGAAUUAUUCCCACUCUUCCCAUAUCAAGCCAGGAAAGUUGAAAAAGGUCGAACUCUACUCACACAUGUUGGAUACCCGAUUGUAAUCACUGUAGGCCUAGGCUUUUCUCUCUGUGACCAUGGCGAACCCCGCUGCCGCUCUCACAUCACUCCUACGCGCUUCAACCAUCCAAGACCACGACGAGAUACUGAAAGCUGCCAACGCGGCUAUAAAAUCCUCUAAACAAGACAUCAAUGCACAGCGCACCCGCAUAGUUGCUCUUUUGAAGCUAGAUCGCUUUGACGAUGCUCUCCGAGCUAUAGCUGAAGGUGGGGAUGGCUUGGAGAAGGAAUGUCGCUUCGAGAAAUCGUAUGCGCUUUACAAGUUGGGCCAGCUCGAGGAUGCGGGAAAGUCUCUCGACAUAGCCCCAAGUUCUUCUAAAUCAUCUCGCGCCUCGCGCCACCUCGCCGCUCAGAUUGCUUACCGCGCUGAGAGAUUCUCAGAUGCUGCCGAAACCUAUCGCCAUCUCUCACAAGGAUCGGGUGGUCUACCCGGAGAGGAAAAUGAUCUGAAAAUAAACUUUCUAGCUACAAAUGCUCAGCUGGAGUGGAACGGCCUUGGCCAUAUAUUAGAAGAGCAUGAACGGCAGUCAUCGCGGGAUCAUCUCGAAGCUUUCGAAACCGCCUAUAACGCUGCUUGCACUUGCAUAGCAAGAGGUGACUUGACCCGCGCCUCCGUAUUCCUUAAACGCGCGCAAGACCUUUGUGAGGCUAGCGAGGACUUAUCUGCCGACGAGAAGAAGGCCGAGCUCCUGCCCAUCCUAGUCCAACAUGCCUACGUCCUCACGAGAUUGGGUAAGGAGGCAGAGGCAGUAGCUCUGCAUAAAUCUAUAGUGCCAUCUGAAAUUCCAGAGGCACCGACAAGAGCUGUUGCGCAGAACAACCAGGUUGCCAUCGGCGUCGUUGGAAGGAAUCCUUUCCUUACACAGCGUCUCCUCCAAUCGACCACGAAGUUGUCCGGUGGUGACAAGCUUUUUGAGUAUCAAGCGUCGGUUUUAAGACGUAAUGAGUAUGCUUUAGAUCUACAAACCCAAAAGUUCGAUGGUAUUGAGGCUUCUACGUCGAAGUUAAUUAUGGAGAGUCCAUUGCCUACAGCAUCUGUGGAAACCGCAGGCCUUGGUGUCAUCGCUGCUGCAGCUCAUAUCCAUAUGCAGACUAGUACAGAGACCCUAAGGGAAAUAUUACCUCUUCUCGAGAAACGCCCAACUGACAUUGGGCUUCUAUUAACAAUCAUCCAGCUUCACAUGCAGGCGAACAAUCUUGGACCGGCGCUGAGCCUCCUAGACGUCUUCCUAAAGCGGCUUGAUGCGGAAUCGACUCCUGAUCACAGAGAAGUUCGGUUCGCCCCCGGACUUGUCGCUGCGACUGUGGCGCUGUAUCGACUACAAGGUCGGCAAAAUUCCGCCCGUUCUGAAUUGGCAAAGGCAUCCGCAUACUGGCGCUCCAAAUCGAAAGAGUCUGCCUCAUCUCUCCUGCGCGAAGCUGGUGUAGAGCUUCUCAGGUCCCCUAAUCAUCAAGACAUUGCUUCUGCCGGCCAAACUUUUGAGACCUUAGUGGCUAGAUCCGAAAAAGAUCCAGUGGCAGUUGCAGGGCUUGUGGCCUCGUUUGCGAACAAUGAUUAUGCCAAGAUUGAGCCAUAUCUACUGAGCAUCACGCCCGUAGAAAAGCUCAUUGCCGGGGUCAAUAUCCAGGAGCUUGUGAAUGCUGGGGUCGCUUCAGUCCCGACUCCCUUAUCGGCGAGUAAGAAGAGGCUGGCAGAGCGCGAACCCGAAAAGGCUACAAAGCGCCGCCGAAAGACUCGCCUGCCCAAGAACUAUGAAGAGGGUAAACAACCCGACCCGGAACGAUGGCUUCCUCUUCGCGACCGUAGCACGUAUAGGCCAAAGGGGAAGAAGGGGAAGAAGCGAGCCCAAGAAAUCACACAGGGCGGUGUUGUUAGAGAAGAAGAGACGUUAGAGCUCGUGGGUGGUGCCGGUGCUGUUAAGGUAGAAAAGGCACCUGGCGUGCAGGGAGGUAAAAAGAAGAAGAAGGGUAAGAAAUAGGAACCAAAUUGUGCUGGGGAAAUUUGGCACCGACUCGAUGGUCCUAUGGGGGAAAAGGCCUGAUAGCUAAUAUAAUUUGGCUGGGGGUCUUUGUAACGUAAUUCAAUGCAGGUCAUCUGGGGUACCGAAAUGGCAUAAAUAUCCAUGCCAAGGCAGGUUGGAUUAAUACAUCUCUAUAGGACGUAU